CAUGUCCUCAGGAACCGCUGCGCAGGGCGCUGCCCCUGGGGCCCUGUGCUUGGUUCUCAGGGACGAAUCCUGUGAUUUUCCCCUGGUCCCAGCUGGAGUCAGGCCACAGGCUUUGAGUUCAUCUGUGCCGUAGAUGGCAGGCCUUGUGCUAGUGUGGAUUCUUCCUGGGGCUACUCCAGAUGGGGCACUGAGCAGCUGGUAUCGGCAGAACCACAGCCAACACCAGGAGGCCUGGGCGGGGGGCGUCCUGGACUCGUCACCACCUUGCUGUGGGCUCCAGGGAAAGCCUUUCACUUGUGCCUCUCAGUUUCCUUAUUUGAAAAGUGAGAGCGUUGGACCACCAGGGGCUCCAGUCCACCCCCAGGCAGGGCCUGGGCAGAGUGUGCCCACUCAAAGCCAUCUGCUCCCUGGACCCUGGCACCACCCCAGCAUGUGGCCCUGGCCCGCUAACCAUGGCUGGCUGCUCUCCUGGAAUCUUUCCACUGUUGAGAGGGAAAAUGUGCAGAAGAGGACUUUUACUCGGUGGAUAAAUCUACAUCUGGAAAAGUGUGACCCACCUCUAGAAGUUACAGACCUAUUCGUUGAUAUACAAGAUGGCAAAAUCCUAAUGGCUUUGUUAGAAGUCCUGUCUGGGCGAAACCUGCUGCAUGAAUACAAAUCUUCAUCACAUCGUAUUUUUCGGCUGAACAACAUAGCGAAAGCUCUUAAGUUUUUGGAAGAUAGCAAUGUUAAGCUGGUUAGCAUCGAUGCGGCAGAAAUAGCAGACGGCAACCCCUCUUUGGUUCUUGGCCUGAUAUGGAACAUAAUCCUCUUCUUCCAGAUUAAGGAGCUCACGGGCAACCUCAACAGAAACUCUCCAUCUUCCAGUCUGUCACCUGGCUCGGGGGGCACAGAUUCUGACUCUUCCUACCCACCUACACCCACCACCGAGAGGAACGUGGCAAUCUCAGUGAAAGACCAGAGGAAGGCCAUCAAGACCCUGUUGGCAUGGGUGCAGAGGAAAGCAAGGAAGUAUGGCGUGGCGGUGCAGGACUUCGCGGGCAGCUGGCGGAGCGGGCUGGCUUUCCUGGCUGUAAUCAAGGCCAUUGACCCCAGCCUGGUGGACAUGAAGCAGGCCCUGGAAGACUCCGCGCGGGAGAACCUGGAGAAGGCCUUCCGAGUCGCACACGAGGCCCUGCAUAUCCCCAGGCUCCUGGAACCAGAAGACAUCAUGGUUGACACGCCGGACGAGCAGUCGAUCGUGACUUACGUGGCCCAGUUUCUAGAACGUUUUCCGGAGCUGGAAGCUGAAGAUUUUGUGGAUCCAGAUAAAGAAGACCCCAUUGAGUCCACCUUUGUCCGCAUCAAAGAAACCCCCCCUGAGCAGGAAAGCAAAGUCCUCCUCCUGACUGAGAACGGGGAGCAGGCCUACACUGUCAACCACGAAACCAGCCACCCGCCACCCACCAAGGUCUUUGUCUGUGACCAGCCAGAGAGCACAGGGGGAUUCUGCCUGGGUGGCAUGUCCAGCCGUUCACUGUCCUCCGAAAGCUCCACUGAUUUCAUGCAUCAGUUCGUCGACCAAGUCCUCCAGGGGAGCCCAGGGAAGAUGAGUAGCAUCAGUGAGCCAGCUCCGGAAUCUUCCAUCUUGUCCACCAGAAAGGACGGCCGGAGGUCCAACUCUUUGCCAAUCAAGAAAACUGUCCACUUUGAGGCUGACACCUAUAAAGACGCCUCCUGCAGCAAUGACCCUUUCUACGGUCCCGACCUCAGCUUUGAAGAGAGCCUGAGUGCCACCCAGGAGCUGCCGAAGCAGGACGAACAAGCCUCGUCAAUCCAGGUUGCCCAGGAAAAGAAGCCAACGCAGGAACCCUCAGCUGUCCCGGGAGCAGCCUCCACCAGGGUCCCCGGGGACUUGCCAGGGGCAGAUGAUCAUGCUCAACCCUCCCAGCAUCCCUCCUCCUGUAACGGUGCUGUAGAGGGUCCCCCUGGCCUCAGGGAGGAAGGUCAGUCUCCUCCCCACCCUGGAGAAAACACCAUUGUGGCCAGUGCCCAGGAGGUCAAGGUGAAGCUGCUGACCGUGGAAGCUGUGGAUAAGGAGGACUAUUUUGAAGGCAUCCCGUUGAAAGCUUCGAAAUUUAACAGCGACCUCGUCGAUUUCGCUUCUACCAGCCAAGUUUUCCCUGAGGCCCCUUUGCCACAGGAGAAGACACCCACGGAGGAGGUGGCCACUGACACUCCUGCUGAAAAGCUAGGCAAGAAGAGGGGCAAGUCCGCCCACACCGGGAGGGAGUCGCCCGAGCCCCAGGUCAAGCGUGACAGGCAGGAGCCUCCCAAGGGCUCCGAGCAGGAGGCACAAGUCUACUCUUUGGCCCUGGACGAGACACCUGUGGAUAAAAAGCCAGAGGUGUAUGAGAAGGCCAAGAGAAAGUCCACCCGGAGUCUCAGGGAGGAAGAGGGGGAAGCCGAAGGCCUCCCGGGGGUCGUGGAAGAAUUGCCUUCCAACCCCCCAAGCGGCAGUGUCAGCCUGGAGACCCUCAGGAGCCACAGCGAAGAAGGCCUGGAUUUCAAGCCCUCUCCGCCCCUCUCCAAGAUUUCCGUCAUUCCCCACGAUCUUUUCUACUACCCGCAUUACGAGGUGCCGCUGGCUGCGGUUCUGGAGGCCUAUGCGGAAGGCAUGGAGGAUUUGAAAAGCGAAGAUGUGGACCUGGAGGAGCCGGAGGGCUACCCCCACGAGCUGGACCCCAGGAACAGGGAGGCCGCCAGCGCCCAGAGCGGCUGCAGCCUCUCCACGCUGGUUGGGGUCCUCCCUAGUGCCAGCACCCAUGCGUCCUAUGUCAACGGGAACGCCGCAGGGGCCAUGCCAGCCGCAGAACCCAGUCCCCUGUCCCCCAACAAGGACCACCAGCCAAGAGAGACCAAAGAGAGUGGCCCUGAGGAGAGCCAUCAGUCCCAAGAAUCCCCACGCUCAGAAAAUAUAGCGAACCCGUUAGAAGUAAAGGUCCAGGAAGGGCCAACCAGCAGUAAGAAGAAGGAGAAAAGGAAGCACAUGGACCCCGACGAAGGCUCGUUAUUUAUAGCACCUGGAACCGUUCGGUCCUCAGAGGACCUAGAAGAAGACGCUGGCGACCACAAAGUCCCUUCCAGGACUAGUCACAGUGACUCCAGUAUUUACAUUCGACGCCAUACUAAUAGGUCUUUGGAAUCGGAUCAUUUUAGCUAUGUUCAAUUGAGGAAUGCCGCAGAUCUGGACGACAGAAGAAACCGAAUGUUAACCAGGUACAAUACUCAGAAGCUCACUGAGCUGAUUUUACAGUUUUAUGGCAUCAGAGCAGACAUGAAGAGGGAAUGCAAACAUGCCGGGAUGUCCAUGAAAGAAGGCCAAAAAUUCUGGAGAAGCCAUGUCCCUGGGCAGCCAGAGCCCACAGAGUGACUCCCUGACACAGUUUGUGCAGCAGCCGGAUGUGAUGUAUUUUAUUCUCUUUCUCUGGCUCCUGGUCUACUGCCUCCUGCUCUUCCCGCAGCUGGAUGUCAACAGGCUCUGAUGUGUGUGUCUGGAGAAUAAAAAAGACAGGCCCCUGACCAGGGUGGGGUCUUUUUACUUAAUUUUGUUUUGUGUUGGGGGUGGGGCCGCUUCUGCAGGUGGUGGAAGACCUGGGGGAGCCCAGGCCCCGCCCCCUGCUGUCCUGCUUUGCUCCUGUCCUUUCCCCUCCUUGGGGCCUGAGAGCACCUUUCCCCUUUGGCUGUGUGCUCAGAACUCAGGUGGCAGCCGCCUCCCUGGUGAGUCUUGUCCUUGUGCCUUGCUUGAUCAGAUGGUAAGCAUCGUCACCAAUAUUCAGCCAACACCUGGAUCUCGGCUCUGAUGCAUGCAGGUUUCCCAGGUCCUGGAUGAACUCUAGUUACUCACCUCUCGGAUGACGGUCUGCCUGAUGAGGAGGAGCGUUGGUCCCCUGGGGACCUUACCUGGAAGAAGUUUCCUCCAAGUGCAGGUGUCUGGGUGAAGAUGCAGGUCUGUGCACCUGCUGCAGUCUGGUGACUGGUUGCAUUCGUUGGGGGAACCAAGCAGCACCGAGCUGCUGGCUCCCAGAAAGGGCACCAGGGAAUGGCAGAAUCAAGGAAGAAGACCAAGGCUCUGUUGUGAGCCACAGCACUUGCAUUUCUCACCCUGGUUUUCUUGAAGGGGUUGGAGGAGUGAGAUGCAUUUUUUUUUUUUCCUGGUACUCGGGAUUGAAUCUGAGGGCACUCUGCUGCUGAGCCACACCCCCAGCCCUUUUUAUUUUUUUGAGACAGGGUCUUGUGAAGUUGCUGAGGCUGGCCUCCAACUUGUGUUCCUCCUGCCUCAGCCUCCUGAGUUGCUGGGAUUUCAGUUGAAUGUCACCAUAUCCAGUUGAGAUGUAUUUUUAAUUUGCUUUUGCAUUGAUUGGUUGGAGUUAGAACUGUGACUUUUCAAAUGAAAAUCAUAUUUUCUGUCAAGUGAAACCUAAGAGGAGCCAAUCUAGACAACGUGUUCUAAACAGAGCUCUAGCUGGCUCCCAGCAGGCGGAGACCCCACUCCCACUUUGCUGAUCUUCUGUGAGACCUCGGGGCCCAGCAGGGCAUUGUGAAAGGUCCUGAGGAGCUUGGAGGUGGCCAGGCUAAGAACAAGUGCCCACUGUGCUGCUGGAAUGCUUUGGGACAUGCUGACCUCAGAAUACCUGUUGUGGCCUUGGCACCCCUUGCCAGUCAUCAAAACGGGUUUCUUGAAAAGUCUUUCUGGAAAGCUCCAGAGCCAUGAUGGAGUAGAGCAAAGCAGGUGGGUUGUAAGAAAGACAAAGACACUUCUCCCACCCUCCCAUCAGAUCAGCCUGGGUCCGGCUAAGACUCAGGUCAGUGAAGGCUGUUUAAGUUUCCUCUUGCCUCUGCCCUCCCCCUCGAGAGCAUGCAAAGUUAUGAACUCUUCCUUCCAAAGUUAUGAACUCUACUCAGCAAAGACUCAGGGAGCAGUUUGUCCAGCUGAACCCAGAGAGGCACAGCAGGUUGGCCAAGGUCACACAGCCCACCUGGAAUAGACUUGUCAUGAGCACCCUGAUGCCCAGUCCAGAGCUGUCCCUUUUUGCAGGAAACUUCUACUGUGCACAUGAAUGUCUUGAUAAAAUGACUAGGGAAAAAAUGUUCUCAUUCAAGCAAAACCAAAUAUUUGGGCACCUAUCAAACUUUGUUUUGUUAUCUUUUAAAAAAAUUUCAAUUUGUUUUUGCUGUCUUUUCCAUGAGGAAGCUUUGUUCACCUUCAAGCUCAACCCCUAUACCUUCUGGAACAUUCUUCACACCUGUCAAGGCGUGUCAUUUGACAUACCAGCCUUGCUUUUACUCGGGGAAUCCCAUUCCUUCCUAGCAAUCCAAGGACUCUCUUCUUUCAAGCAGCAGGUCUCAGAUACAGAGUUCCAGCAAAACUGAAAGAAUUUACACAGCAUGGUGGAGCCCCUAAGGCCAAAACCUGGCCUCUGUGCCAUUCUGCCUCCCUUCCCCCAAAGAAUCUCAGCCUUCCAGGCAAAAGCUCUCGGAGCUUGGAGUGUCUCCAUCUUGAAGGCCAGGAGCCCGUAGAAAAUGAGCUAAUUAAUGAGCUUCCUGGCAACGUCAGAAGUUCAGAGGUACGCAUAAUAAAGAUUAUGUGUGUGAUAUUUUAUAACCCUGGGCACCUGGACGUCUCUGCCCAAAUUAAAUGCCAAAGAAGAGCUGACCCAAAUGUGAAUCAUUUUGUUUCACAGCUCUAGGCCUUGUUCAGAAGCUCUCUGCAGGCUCCCUCCCUCACCUCCUCUUUGAAUGUUCUUUAAAACAUCUAGUGGCAAGAUGCCCAAAACUCAUUUGGCUCAGGUUGGCAGUAAACUGAUUUUUUAAAGGAUAAAAAAUUCAUUUGAGUAUAGGCUUAUAUGGAAGAAGGUGGUUAUAACAGGCUGCUGGACAAGCCAUCCCAUUCCUUGGAGUUUUUUUUUUAAUUAAAAAAAAAGGACUAUCAGGUUUUUAAUGAGAACUAGCAAUUUCCUACGUUCUAGGCAACUUGCUCCUAGAAGUAAGCAUUUUGAACACUUUGAGCUGUUCUUCUAAUAUUUACCUUUGCACUUCUACAUAACAUGCUUACACUUUAUUCUUUUAAUUUAUUUAGAAACAUCUAUUGACCUGCUAAUACUGCAGAUGGAGGUGACACUUGUGCCCGGACCCUAUAGUUAGAUCAUGUUCUUUGGUGCAUCCAGCAUUGACACUGCCAUGGGCUUGUCAGGGAUGUUCACUCCUGAGCCACAUGUUCACUUCGGGCACAUGGCCUUCCUAGUCACACUUCCCCCUUGAUUCAUAUCCUCUCUCUGCCCUGCCCCACCCUCCCUCCCUAUCUCUCUUUGGAGUGACAUUCUUCAGUAACCCGAGAAAGGGAACAUGGAAAGUAUAUUGUUGCAAAUAUUUUGAGAUUUUUUUUUUUGCAUGACUUAAAAUGCAAAAUGCAUUUGUGCAAAUGUGGCUGAGCAGAGAACUGCAGUUACAAAAUACACCCCUCCCCGCCACCUGUGGUUGUUGACCUCUGUGAUGCCUUUGGACUCCCAUGUGACUUGGUUUUCUCCUCUCCCUGGAAACACUGAAGAAUGCUUUGUUCUUGGUGUCCUGAACUGUCAUGAUGGUGUCACAUCUUUGCUAUUAUACUUUGUGCUGAGCCCUAAGAGAAAGGUCUUAAGUUUUCUCGAAAUUAUUUACAUUCUUUCAUUCUGAUCUGUCAUUCCAAUAUAGGACCUCUCCAACUAAUCUUCUAAUGUUUUUAUCUUUUUAAUUUCUCAUCUCUAUUUUUUGAUUUGCUUUCAGGAAAAUAUAUUCAAUUUUAUGUUGAUUUCCAAAACUGUUCAUUGUUCUGGGUUUUGUUUUGUAGUGUUUUGUUCUUGAUUCAGGAAUGCAGAUCCUAUUGCCCUAUGGAUGUUAUUGUUGGUGUUGUUUUGUUUUGUACUGGGGAUUGAAUCCAGGGACACUUUACCCCACUGAGUUACAUCCCCAACCUUUUUUUUUUUUUUUUUUUGAGACAGGGUCUCCUAAGUUGCUGAGGCUGGCCUUGAACUUGUGAUCCUCCUGCCUCAGCUUCCUGAGUUGCUGAGAUGACAGGUGUGUGCCACCACGCUCGGCCAAUAAUAGUGUUUGGGAGGAAGUUCUUUUCUGCUUCCUAUAUUGCUUUAGCUUCCUCUAAGUUUCCUUCCUCUUGUUUUGGUCUCUGUCUUUAUCUUUCAUGUUCCAAGUUUUUCUCUAGUAUCUGGUGAUUCUGUGGAUCUAUCUGUUCAUGUUUAAAAGCGGAUGCUCAGGAAGCUGUGUGUCAACUAGUAGGUUUUCUCUAGUCCACGAGGACUGGACUGGACUUUGGAGAAUCCUGUGUCAGUAUUUGCACAUUCUUUCUCUGCGGCCCGAUCCAUUUCUUUAGAGAGCUUUUCACUCUUCCUCUGCCUGGGAAGAGGGACUCACACGGGGCUGCUAUUAGUCUAUGAAAUGCCCUUGUGCAGUUUUAAAAACAAGUGUCCCUCUGGGCAGAAGCCACUACGGCACUUAGCCUGACUGGCAGAGCAUACCCUUCAUCCCUUUCUCUGAGAGGGUGCAGCCGUGAGGUAGGGCAAAGCUUGAGGGAGAGCCCAAGCUGGACUUCAACUCCCGCUUGCCCCCCGGCCUGGGUGUUUGUUCUGUGCCACAACUGUAAGGCCAUCUGCACCCAAGACCCGUUGCGGUGCUGGAGUUCUGGCCCAGCAGGCGGUCUCAAGGCCAAUCAGUGGCUAGUCCACUAAGUUGCUCCCGCCUUUGCUGUGUGUGGUGUCCCUGGGUUGGAGCUUCUCUUAUUUCUCCAUGGUGUAGGAGCAGAGGGGACAUCUGGCUGCAUGGGAGGGACAGGAGGCCUGGGAGUCCACAAAUGUGCCUCUCUCCAGCCCUGUGUCUCGCCCCCACCUUUCCUGGAUGCCGAUGCAGUGGCUCAGUGGCCUCCCCCUAUAGGCACCUGGUACCCCUCCGCCCUCCUCACUUCCCAUCAGCUCUGCCCCUGCUGUGGAUGGAUUGGCGUCCAGGGCCUGCGGCUGUCUUCUCCCACCCUGGAUCUUCAUGGCUGUGCAGCUGUCUUUCCUUGGCUCUUAUUUCUGUAGAGUUUCAUGACAGAAGAAGUGAGCCCUGUGCUCCGUACACUGUCUUGAUCUGCAAACCCCUUUGAAUUUCCAAUGGUUGACUCUGUGGCUCGCUGCUCUGCCAACUGCUCUGUACCUCUCUGCAUCUCCCUGAGGCCAUAACAACAUCCGGGUUGCUGAUCUGUACGAUGCCCAGUACAGGAGAGGGUGAGCUGACCCUCCAGCUCUGCUCGAGGCUGCCAUUCAGGUGGCUCUUUCUUCCCCUUCCUUCCCCCGGUUCUGUCACUCAGCCCCAGUAAACCACGCUAGAUCUCCGCAUGCUCACAAGGCCAGGCUGUGUGGUGGUGUUUCCAGGUUUUCUGGAAGUAGACCACGCUGGUGUUUGCCAUCGAACAAACAGGGUCCUCUGCGGGCUGGAGUGUGGAACAUGAGCCGGAUUUCCUCAUAGGAGUGUGUGCCAGAGCUGGUGAUCACAGAGCUGUUGGGGGCAGCCUGGCCACACCUGACCUUUCUGGUCAGAUGAGCUUCCCCCAGAGGUCAGCCCCAGUAAGUACACCCUCAUGGCUCCAUGAGCUGCCACCCAGGACAUGGCUUCCCUGCUCCUGGGGUUCAGCUGGAAAAACUGCUGCCAAGAGUCCCUCCUGAGGCGGCUCACCUGCCCUUCACAAGGGUGACAUAAGUGGGACAGCCACAGGGGUCAUGUGAGGGCUCAGCACCUCCUAUAAGAAAUGAGGAGGCUGUGAUGGGAGGCUUGCAGGAGCCCGAGUUCAAGACCAGUCUGGGCAACACAGUGAGACCCCAUUACAAGAAUAAAUAAAACUAAAGAUGACUCAUCACCCUGCUAACUAGUGACUCUGGGAUGACCAUUUGCAUUUCCAAUUAAGUUUUCUACAAACUUUUAGCCUCCAACAGAAGCCAGAGUAAAUGAGUAGAGACGGUGUCCUCCUGGGUGUCAGAAGCAGUCACGGAUUCUUUGGAGAGGAAACUUCUUUCUGUGAUUCUAUCCUCAGAGUGACCUGAAGUCUUUCACACCAGCUUAGUUUUCCCAGCGCUCCAGCAGGGCUCCAGAGCCUGCUGGAGCAUUGAGACCUGACCCUCUCUCCUUCCUGCUGGAGGGACUGCCCUGGGUCUGCACCGAAUGGCCCACCUGGACUCUUCCAUGGAGCUCCGCACCCUGAAGUCCCAGAAAAGGGCUUUGCCGGAGCUUCAAAAGCUUCCCGGCAGUGGUUUUUCCAGGAACAAGGGUGUGCGGGUCUCUGCAGGGCCCAGCGUGUUCUCUUCCCCAGCCCCACACGGUCCCUGCUGACACCCCAUUUAGAGAAGGUGGAGCAUCCCGGCUACGGCUGCAGUUUGCAUCUGCCACCAGCCCAACCAGCAGUGGGGGGGCUGCUCUCAGGACAAGGCCCAGGACCUAGGAUGGGCAGUAGAAGUUGGGAGUUGGUGCUGGUGGAAUCUUGUUUAUUUGCUAAAAAUUGCCACAGGGUGUUUCCCUUACCCAGUCGGCCACAGUGGGGGAGUAGAAAGGAGACACAGCCUCGCUGGUGCUCUGGGGAGCUUGAGGGGCCUUUGUGCCCCUGCCUCUCACCAGGCUUCCCCCAGCUGGUGGAAGUGAGCCCGCGGCUGAGGACCCUGGGCUUCGCAGGAGUUGCAUGGGGCCCCUCCACUUCCCUGGCACGCGGGCCCCAGUGAGCACCAGCCCUCCUCGCCCUGGUUUGUAAGAGCCCCUCAGCGGCCUUGGCCUUCGGUGGCCUUGGCCUUGCCAUUCUCCCUGGCUGUGUAAAGGACAGGGCUUGUGGUGAGCUGGCGUGACCUCAGAGGCUGAGCUCCUGGUUCUCAGAGUUGGCAGAAGUUACCAGAGCCGUUGAGCUGCCUUUCCAGGGUUGGUAGCCUCUGCAGUGCCGAGAAGGCUGACUUGGUUGUGUCCGGAGCCUGUUCUGAGGUUCUUGCUCAAAACACCAGGCAAGCGGUUCUGCCCAGCCCCGGCCAUAGCAGCCGUGCACCAGGAAACAUUCUCAUCAGGGAAAAAGACAACCAGUAUUUUGUGCUCGCUGGCCAAGCUGUUUUUAAAUACAGGCCUCAACACCCGCAGCCUGAUCCUGCUGCUAACCUGUUUAAAUCCUUGACAUGCUGAUGGCCCAUCUAGCUUCAGCUAACCAGGCCGUCCUUAAAUGAACCCUCUCUUGUUGUUGUUUUUUUCUACCCGUCCUUUCUUCCUUCCCUGGGAGGCACAUACAAUAGGGAAAGUGGGCAUAUUGGGAAGUCAACCAGAUCUAGAUCUGUGUCCUCACUGUCACCUGAUGCCUGGGUGACCUUGGGCAGAUUGACUGCUGAGCUGGUUUGUAGUGUAGGCACUCAGCACACAUUUCUCAAAGAACAAAUACCUUCCUUGCGAGCUGUAAAGUUGUAGCCUGCCCAGUAGCUGCCAGUUCUCCAUUUCCCUCCUCUCCAAGCACUGGCUACAUCUCCUUGCCAACAUUCCAUUACCCAAGGCUUCUGUCCACCUCUCUCCAAUUCACCGCCCUGUUGCUGGCUGUCCUGCUUCUAAUCCAGCUGAGGAAGUUGAAGCCAUUGUGUAUCCAUUGAUGGGACCCUCCCAACAAUCAUGGGAGGAAACUAAAGCACAGGCCGGAAGAAUAACAAGGUCACAUCCUGGAGCUAGUAGUUGGCAGAACCAGGAAUGUAGGGCUUAUUUUCAGACAUUAAUGUUCACAAUUAACAUCACUGCUUAGGAAAGAAAGUGAUCCCCCUAAUGAAAUUCUGAUCCUUCAUGACACUGGCCUAGUUGGACCAGUGUUGGAUGGACAUGCUCUGUACUGGGAAGGUGGACACGUGUAGUAAUCACACUGCUGUUUCCUUCCUCGAAGUCUUCUCCCCAGUCCCCAGGUUUUCACACUGGGACUCCCAAACCCAACUGCUUAAAUCUCUCCUUCAGAAAUUCAUGGUUUAGCCUACAGUUGCAAAUUUGCAACCAAAAUUUCUGCCUCUAAACAGCCUUUACCAGUGAAAUCUCAGUGUCUAAUAUCAAACACAGUUCAUCAGUGACUUGAGUUUAAUGGUACCUCCUGUCCCUAAUGGUUCCUCUCUCCUGCACAUGGUUUUCAGAGUCGAAACGAGGCUUUCUCCUUUGAAAAUCCAAGCAGAAAAGGCACAGGUGGAGCAUGAUUAAAAUGGUGGCUGAAGACCAUGAGUGACUUAAAUGAAGUCAUAAUUGGUUGGGGUCUCAGAUAGGGAUCAUGAUUUUUUUAAGUUUAAAAGUCAUGAUUUUUGCAUGGUUAUAAAAAAAAAAAGAAAAGAUGUCAUUUGAUAGGUUUAUGCUAUUUGUCACUGCUUCUUCUAGUUGCAUCAAAAGUCAAUAGCACAUUAUCUAUAAGACCAUGCUGUGAGGAAGGAUAGCCACAGGACACUGGUAUUCCUAAAUGUCAUGCAACAGUCGAGAUACUUUUGAAAGGAAUCUGAGGUAGUCUGCAGUCUAGAGAGCUGACAUUGCCCAAAGUGAGACAUCAUUGGCCAUGGCCUCAGCGACCCACAUCCUAGUCAGGGCUCACCUGCAGACACCCUGGAUAGUUCCCUGACCUCUCUAGGUUGGAAAUUGGAAGACCUCUUAUAAAAAGUUCUUUCUAGGUUUAAAAAUCCAAAGGUUGGCAAGAUAGUUCUUUGUGUUUAUUUCUGUGUUGAUCUCACCAUUGGCCUAUGUGCUGGAAAUGUGCACUUCUGUAUAUAAGUGAACGCCAAAGCUCAGAGCAUUGCUUCCUGUUCAUAUCUGACAAAGAGUGCCUUAGGGAAGAGUUUGCAAUAGCAGAAGGUCAUCUGGUAGAAGGUUUGGGAUGAAAGUUUGGUGUAGAACCUGGGGACCUACUUCCUUGGGUUUCCAGAACUAAUUUGGUCUCCUUAAGUUAAAACAGCAGCUGACAUGGUUUCCCAGGGGAUUUCUUUUAAAUUAAAAAAUUCAGCUGCAGAAAUAAAUAGCUGUACCCAACCAGACCUUUCCACUUUUGGCCUCUGUCCUCUUUUUCUAGUAGUGACUCAAAAAGGCUCAAUUUCUGCUCAGAGUCAGUGCUGUUUGCAUUUGAGUUCCCUCAAGCCUGGGCUGGCCUGUGGAGGGAGCAGCUGUCUGUGUCAAGACCCUUGCUCUUUGCCCUUGAGAUUGGACCAAGAUGAUGCCUGUAUCACUUGCUCUGGCGCUGACACUGUAGGGAACAUGGCCAGCCCUACUGAACACUGUUGGACCAGGUUAAACCUGGAGAUGGGUUUCUUCAGAGCUAUUAUCCUGGAGGUUAGCAGGUAUUUCGUUUUGGGGGAUCUGUGAUAUAUUUAGCAGAUUUAAUGUUUCUUUAAUGUCAUGGCAGGACUUCAUUGACUGUGUCUGAAAACUUUUACUGAGAGCUUCAGGAGAAAUAUGGAGGAAAAAAAAGUGAAAUGUUAUUUUGUAGUACAAGGAUUAUUUUGUCUAUUUAGAAUAUAUAUAUGGCUGUAGCUUUGUAAAAAAAGGGAUCUUUGAUUAAAAAUUGUAUGAAUGUGCACUCUUAUUUAUUGAUUAUUGUAAAUUAAGAUAUAAAUGGCUAUUUGCAUAAUUUAUCCCUGUGGGAAAUUAACUGGAGUAUUUGUUAUUUGACAGUUUUCUAUCAAGGAAUAUAGGCUUGGUGCUACGAUGAAUGAUCUUGUGAAAUUUCAUGUAUUCUUAUGAAAAUUUUUGGAUAUAAAUUUCCUGAAAUGAC